AUGGCCGUAUUGCUGGUACCGUUGAUGGCUGUUGAGAAAGGGCAUGAUAAACACACUCAUGCCCCCUUUGCGCACACACUCCCGCACUCCUUUAAGACUCUGAGGGGAGUGUGGUACCACACACCAUUCAAAAUUGAUGUGCAGGUCCGCACACCAAUGGCCUGCAGGGGCAUAUCCCCCGCAGGUCCUGCUGGUGAUGUUGGAGGCAUAACCUUGAUAACCCUAACCCAUGACCAGGCUGAUUUGGGCAAGGGUAGACUGAACUUGGGGACGGUAGGAUUAGUUUGGCAAUGGGCUCAGGGCAUGCCAUUUUCCGAAUUGAUGGAGAUGAGCAAGAUCCAAGAAGAGGAGACACAAGCUGGCAAUGAGCAGGUUGAUAGAUUGGUAACUGGGGAUCUCCAGCAGGGGGGGAACACCUCUUGGAAGACACUUGUAAGGUUGUACCCUUCACAAGGAAGUGUAAAACAUGUUCUGAGGCUCACAGCAAUUGUAAAUUCCAAGAACUCUCGAUAUUGCUCCAAAUGGAAAAAUAAAAAUUGGAACUUGGAGUAUGGUAUGCUGGAGAAAUGA